UACAAAUAACCAACACUGUUGACUUAUAUUGACUUACGAUCUUUAUAUACAGAAGUUUAUAAUAUAUUUUGUGUGGUAUCACGUGGCUUGUGUUAAAAUGGAAAUAGCAACGGAUAUAGAUGAAAAUAAAAUUGUUUAUGAAGAGAAAAUAAAAUUGUUCAUACUAACGAACAUGUUAGCACCAGAAGUAGAAAAUAAAAAGUUCCAUAAAGAGAUAGAAUUAUUAACGUCUCAGGAAUUAGUGCAUAGUGAAAAAUCGUCGAAAGAAGAAGCUGAAGUAUUACAAGACAAACAAUCUUCCAAAGGACACGAUGAAACGAUCUCCGAUGAAAAGUUAGAAAAAAUAGUCACUGAGAUUCUGUUAAAUGAAGAAAAUGAUUGUGAUAAACUUAACCCAAUGAUAACAUUAGAUGCAAAUAAGAUAGAAAACAUGAUUAAUAGCUGUGAUGUAUCUGCUGAUAUUCAAAAUAUUAUCCAAUGUACUUCAAAGGAAAAUGAGACAACUGAGUGUCAUAUAUCUGUUUGUGAGAAUGUAGAACCUGAAACAGUUAGACAAGAAACUUUACAAAAAUCUCCAGAAAUUAUAAAGUCUAAUAUCUCAAAUAAUACUAACAUACUACAAAAUAAAUAUGUAAUUAAUCAAGUUACAGAACUAAAUGUUCAUAAUAACAAGAUACAAGUAAACAAUCCAUCACUACAAAAACAAAUAGGAAACAAUGGAAUGUCUUCUCUUAACAUUAUUGCUGUAGAAUAUGAAGACACAGAUUCAGAUGUAGAAGAGAUAAGAACAAAUACUGCAACUGAAAAUCAACAUACUAUGUCACAAAUACAGAAUUUACAGCAAUAUCGUACAAUCGAAAAACAGUUAUCAUGUGACGAAAUUGAUAGUGAAGAUGAUUCUAAUAGUAGUAUUGAUAGCAGUACCAGUAGUAGCAGUAGCAGCAGCAGCAGCAGUAGUAGCAGCAGCAGCAGUGAUAGUAGCAGCGACAGUGAACCAGAUAAUGUAAAUAUUAACAACAGAAAGAAAGAAAGGGUAGUAAACGUAUCAAAGAAAAAAAAUCAUAUACAAAAUGAAUUAGAUGAUCUUCCACCCAUAGAAGACUUAAAAAUUAGUGUCCCUGAAGUUUUAUGUAAUCCAUUAGGCAAGAUUGAAAAGAUUGUAGAACAAUUAGUAAUCGUAAAACCAAAUCCUGGUGAGGUUACACUCAAUCUGGACACAGUUUUAUUCGUAAACAAAGGAACAAAAGCGCUCGGUAAAAUAUUCGAUGUAUUUGGUUCUGUGAACGAACCAUAUUACUGUGUUCGUUUCAAUGAUGCUAAACAUAUACAGGAUAAUGAUGUUAAAGUGGGUAUGCAGGUGUAUUAUUGCCCGAACUCGGAGUACACAUCUCUUGUUUUCUUACAUGAGUUGACAAAGAUAAAAGCUUGCGAUGCAAUUGGUGACGACGAGGCACCGGCAUUUUCAGACGAUGAGGAAGAACAAGCUUAUUACGAAAAUCUGAAACAGAAAGGUUCUGACGGCCAGAAUUCGCAGAAACGUCGUCGGAUGGAUUCUCGCAAUACAGAAAUGGGUUGGCAAUCAAAUCAUCCGUGGAACAGAAAUAGAAAAGUUCAAUCCGAAAGAUAUAAACAGAAGCAGCAAAAUUGGAGUGGUGGUAGUCAUUUUAAUUCUGCACAGAAUGAAACAUACUCUUAUAAUGCUUGGCCACAAUAUCCAUAUCAAAAUAAUGCUUAUUGGCAACCAAUUCCACAAAACAUGUAUCCAAUGUCCAACAGACCAUAUGCAGGCUACAGACCAACAUUUAGCGGACCACGUUUGCCACAGUAUGGCAAUCCAAGUAAUUUGGACAGCGCACACCAAUAUUAUCAAGGGAUAAAUUAUCGUCCCAAUGUGUACAUGCCUUCUUGUUCAGCUUGGCCAACAAUGUUGAUGACGAAUACACAUUGGUUUCCACCAGUUCCUUCAUCUUCUUCAAAUACGACAGAUGCAAAGAGUAUCAAUCCAGAUUCAUCUAAAUAACCUAAUGCUGAAUAUUAAUAGGAUAAUAAAAUAAUGAUUGUAUUUUUGUGUAGAGGGAAAUAGUAUUUUCUUAUC